UAAAGAGAGAGAAAGGAAGCAAGAGUAAAAGUGACUCUCACCCGAGCCAUGUUCUGAAGUCUUCUCUGCUUGUAUGCAACGGCCACACACAUCUUAGUCGCACUGCGCUCCUCCGCCUGAAACCGAUUGUUGCAGGACAAAGAUCCGGGUCGACCCGUCGUAGAUCCGAUCCAACAAACAUGAAUAUUUUCAGGUUAGCUGGGGACAUGACCCAUUUGGCCAGCGUCCUCGUCCUCCUCCUCAAGAUCCACACCAUCAAGUCCUGCGCCGGUGUCUCAUUGAAGACUCAAGAACUCUAUGCACUUGUUUUUGCUUGUCGCUACUUAGAUAUCUUUACUAAUUACGUAUCUCUCUAUAAUACUGUUAUGAAGUUGAUAUUCUUGGGAAGCUCAUUUUCUAUAGUGUGGUACAUGAGGUAUCACAAGGUUGUUCGUAGAUCAUAUGACAAAGAUCAAGAUACCUUUCGCCAUUACUUUCUUGUAUUGCCCUGCUUAGUAUUGGCCCUAUUAAUCAAUGAGAGAUUCACAUUUAAGGAGGUGAUGUGGACAUUUUCCCUUUAUUUGGAAGCUGUUGCUAUACUUCCUCAACUAGUACUUUUACAGAGAACUAGAAAUAUUGACAAUUUGACUGGACAAUAUGUCUUUCUUCUUGGUGCAUACAGAGGACUAUACAUUCUCAACUGGAUCUAUCGCUACUUUACUGAGCCCCACUUUGUCCAUUGGAUAACAUGGAUUUCUGGCCUUGUUCAAACACUGCUCUAUGCUGAUUUCUUCUAUUACUAUUUCCAAAGCUGGAAGAACAACCAAAAGCUUCAUUUGCCAGCGUGAGUGUAUUCUUCUGUUCUUGAAAAACAAGGGGGGCCUAUAUGGACAAUUAACAGUGAGAAUCCACAUAUUUGUCUGGACAGUGGUUUCUGAUUUACAAUUCCCUAUUUGUUCGUUCUUGCCACCUCAAAAUACUACUGUACUUAUUACUAGGAAGAUUAUAUAGACAAAAGGGCAUCAAAUUGUUGACUGUAAUUUGCAAUUUUAACUUGGAAAGGUAUUUAGAUCUAGAUUGUGGCACAUUGCAUAUUUUGAUA